UUUAUAUACACUUGAAAUUGGAUAUCUAAAAAUCCAUAUUGUAUUUGUGAUAGCAAUGCAUUUCUCUAUUCCUGAUACACAGGAAUUGUAUUCCGAAACAACUGGUACUACCUACACAAGUUAUAACAUCUAUAUAAAUGGAACUUUUCACGCCUGCCUACGUUACAAACAGCUACAUGCCCUCAACGAACAGUUGCGAAGACAACUUUUGCCCAUUGGCCAUGUUAUGCCAGAAUUUCCACCCAAGAAGUUUUUACCGUUGACAAAUUCGCAAGUCGAAAGCCGACGUCAGGCCUUGGAACACUAUUUGCAAUUGCUGGGUCAAGAUGCACGUGUCUCAAAGCUUCCGAUCUUUCAACAAUUCUUUUUGAACGCCCAACUGGAAACGGCUCUCUCCGAUGGUAUAUUCGAAGAGUAUUUCGGUUAUGGCACAGAGGAUGGUGACUCAUCCUCGACCAGAGUUGAGGAGUAUAUGCGCUGUACAUGUCUUGAAGUCAUACUACCAAAUGGUUAUCAGCUAAAGGUGGACAGCUAUGUGUCGGACAAUGCAACAGCGCUAUUGCGAAAGGCAUUGACGAGUGUACAACUGCCUGCCGAUAUGAUGCCAUACCUUUGUUUGUUUCUGGUGCGUCGUGAGAGCAAAGACUCGUUGGUGUUGUUGCGAAAACUAAUGGACUUUGAGUCGCCUUUUGUGUCACGACUUUACAACCAACCGUGCCAAAUUCAAAUACGUAAAAGCUAUUGGAAUCCCGCCUAUGAUCUGGUGCUAAUGAAAAAUCCUAUUGCCUGUAAUCUACUUUUUAUGCAGACUGUUUCGGAGGUUGAACGUGAGUGGAUAAUAGCGUCGGCAGAGGUGUUAAAGAAAUUGAAAUCCCUACAAGAAUACGGUAUGCACAAAGAAUAUAUUGAUAUGGCACGGCAAUUGCCAUUAUAUGGUUGUCUGCAGUUCCAGGCUUCAGUUGUGGACUAUCCGGAACCGGAAACAACGGCCUUAAUAGCAAUAGGUAACAAAGAAUUGAGUAUGCGAACUAUGCAACAGGACAAAAUAUUGGAGACGAAAUUUCGGGUCACGCGUAUGCGAGUGUGGCGCGUUACGGCGUUGCACAAUAGCCAGCAAACGGAAAGUAAAGAGAAAACCUCCAAUUUGCAGUUGUCAUUUGAAUAUUUAAUGUCGAAACAAAAUCUACGAUGGAUAACCAUCAGUAGUCCACAGGCUAUGCUGAUGUCUGUUUGUUUACAGGAAAUGGUCAAUGAAUUGCUCAAUUAUAAGGAUAAUAACAAAGAACCGGCUGCAACGCCCACAGGCAGCAAUUCAAUGCAAACAACUUGCUCAUCAUCAUCGUCUACAUCGUCGUUUACCUAUCCCACACCAACAUCCUCAUCAUCGUGUUCGUCUUCCUUUACAUCCAAUACUACCACUCCGCCCCAAGGUAAUUCCAGUAGUUAUGUGCAAUCGUAUAAUGAUCAGUUAAUGGGUCGGACGGAGGAGCAGUCUAGCCCUUCACCAUGUGAUACAAGAACUACUGCAACUGAGGCGCCAAUUAAAUUUUUAGCUCAACGAAUUUUAAGCAAACAAAAUCCUAGAAUAUCAAAGCAACAUUCCUAUGGUGCUGUCUUCUUUCGUAAUUCGAUUUUGGCACGUGAUGAUUCAGUGCAAAAUGAGGCAUUCGAAGGUAUUGCGGAUGAUGAUUUAUAAAAUGGU